UUUUAUAAAAUACGAAGUACUCCGUACAUAAAAAGCCUGUGGGCCGGGUUGCAUGUGGCCCGUUUGGGAGAUGUGGCCGUGAUGUUUGGCCCGUUUGGGUGUCGGGUCAAACAUUUAAAAAAGGUCUCCGUGUGCUUUUUUUCCCCUAUUAUCGCUGCUCGCUCUCUCUUCUUCGCGCUCCCGCCACUGGAAACCUAAAGCAAACAGACAAAUCUCUUGUCAUCAUCAUCAUCUUCUUCUUCUCUUCCAUAUGCCCACUUCUUCUACCAUUCAUUCGGCCGAAACAACUGAUUUAUCAGGUAAGCGAAAGCGAGAGCCAAAAUAUGAGCGGGAGACCGAUUGGACUCUGAAGAAACCUAAGGAAAGAUCCGAGGAGGAUAAGGAUACAACGCAAGGACUUGCUGAUAAUCUCCUCCCAGAGGUCGAAGGAAGGGUCGAGUUGUUGGAGACAAAGUCUGAGGCUAAUUUAAUUCCAGUCAUGUUUAAUUCUUUCUCUCCUUAUGGUCUUGCUAACACACUUGGCUGUCAAAUUCAGGGAGCUGCCUCAAGGAAAAAGACGCUCAUUAUUGACAAUCUCUCGUCUCAAGCCAGAAUACCAAACAUGCAAGUAGCACCUUUAAUUUCCUCUUUCGUUCUUGGAGCAAGGUUUUCAUUACUAACAUUUUAUCAUCCAUUUUACAGCAUCAAAUUCUUCAAAGAUGUUGGAAAAGUUGUAAAUGUUCGAAGAAUUGUAAACUCCAUUGGCAAGUAUCUCGGCUCUGGCUCUGUUGAGUUUGCUUCUCCUAACGAAGCAAAGAAGGCACUGGAAAAGAAGAACGGUGAAAAUUUGUGCGGUACUAAUAUUACUCUUCGCUUGGCUAAGACAACUCAUAACCCUCAAAGACCCGGCAACAUGUUCUUUAAAGAUGUUGGAAAAGUUUAUAGUGUUCGACUUAUUGUAAACCACGAGGGUAAGCAUGUGGGCUGUGGCUUUGUUGACUUUGCUAGUGCUAACAGUGCAAAGAAGGCGCUGGAAAAGAAGAAUGGUGAAUAUUUGCACGCUCAUAAGAUUUUUCUUGAUGAGGCCAAGACAGCUCCAUGCUCUCCACGACAAAAGUACAGCCCUGUAGAGAAGCUUUGCAUCAACUUCUUCAGAGAUGUUGUAGAAGUUGUUCAUGUUCGACUUAGUGUAAACAGAAAGGGUAUGCUUGUGGGCUUUGGUUUUGUGGAGUUUGCUUCUGCUGACGAAGCCAAGAAGGCGCAGGAAAAGAAGAAUGGUGAAAAUUUGUGCGGUAAACCAAUUACUCUUAGCGAGGUUACGGUGGCUCCAUACCCUCCAAAAAACAUGUACGAAGACUACCUUCGAGGAGAGAGCCUUCUGAUAGAAGAAGAUGAGGCAGUGGAAGGACUUGAUGAAUUUGUUGAGGAAGUUUCUUCGAGAAAAAGGACACUCUUUGUUGAAAACCUUCCUCCCAAAUGUAAAAUAAGACAUAUUGCCAAUUUCUUCCAUGACUUUGGAGAAGUCAGUGUUCGACUUCUUGUAGAUUACCAGGGCAAGCAUUUGCGCUGUGGCUUUCUUAAGUUUGCUUCUGAUAUUGAAGCAAAGAAGGUGAGAGUAGUUUUGUAGUAAUGGUGAAAAGUAUGCGAGUAGUCAUUUGAAAAGUAGUGUAAACUUAUGAUUAGGGGUGUAAAUAGGCAUUAAUCGGAUCGAAUGUGUGCAUGUGUAUACUCAAAGGGAUGUUUAUGCAGAGCGGAUUAUAAAUGGAUCGGAUGUAUGAUUUCCGAAUCCGUAUCCAUUUAUCAAUCGGAUGUCUUUAAUCGAAUUACGGAUAAUAACUUCUUUGAACGGAU